UAAUAUAGAGCGAAAAGAAAAGAAAAGAAAAAGGUGAAAUGAUGGAAACGUAGAGUGAAGCUAAGAAGAUGAGAUCCGAGAAGAGGAGAUCAUGGAGAAGGGAUGAAGCGGGCGAAGAAGAGAGAGUAAAGAUGGACACAGAAAUAGACAAAUUCCUAAAGAGGCUAUCGUGCGCAGCGAUCGUAGUGGCUUCUCUCACACUCCUCUUCCUCUUCCUCCGCACGCCCGACACGUGCGUCCCCCACCGCCAACUCCGCUUCCCCGGCUCCACCUGCGACUUCUCCACGCGCCUCCACGUCCCCGCCCACAAGCGCGCCCUCCGCCUCCGCUCCACGCGCCUCUGGGCGGCCAAGGUCCGCUCCUUCUCCCUCCUCUUCCGCGACCUCCCCCUCCUCCGCAACCACUCCCGCGUCCUCUGCGUCUCCGCCGGCGCCGGCCACGAGGCCGACGCCCUCUCCGCCCUCGGCGUCCACGACGUCACCGCCGUCGAGAUCCUCGACUCGCCGCCGCUCGUCGCCCGCGCCGACCCCCACAACCUCCCCUUCUUCGACGCCGCCUUCGACCUCGCCUUCACCGCGCGCUUCGACGAGGCGCUCUUCCCCGCGCGCUUCGCCGCCGAGAUGGAGCGCGUCGUCCGCCCCGGCGGCGCCUGCUUCGUACUCGUCGCGGAGUGCUCCGCCGACGAGGCCGACGAGGUCGUUCAGCUCUUCAGGAAUUCGAAGCUUGUUUGGUCGCAUAAUGUUUCCUUGAGUGGAAUCCGAAUGACCGGUAUUCUUAUGAGAACUAGACUGAAUUCUUCUUGAUUUCAUUCGUUCCUGCUAAUUCUUAUUUUUUCAUUUAUUUUUUGUGUAUGUAUAUUUGUUAGAGUGUAAUUUUGUUAUGUUAUUAGUGUAAAGAAUUUUACAUCAUUAACUAAUUUGCUAUCCUACAUGUGAGUUCAUGAUUAGGUAAAUCGUUUAUGCUGUGAACGUAUUCUAAUUGAAUUCUAUUUGUUACUUGAUUUCAUGUGUGCACUAGAUAAAGUUUUAGUGAAUUUGGGUUAUGUUCACUGUUGCAUCA